ACGAGAGAGAGGAAAAUUAUAGACACAUUAUUGAUCUUUGUUCUUCCCUUUCUUUAGGUUGGCGUUAAAUUAAUUUUGGUUCGAUUAGUUCUUCCUAUUUCAUACAGUCCCUGUGGGUUCGACCUCGCUCUUGCACUUCUGUGCUGCAAUUGAUUCGUGCGCUUGCGAGUAACAUCACUCCUUUAUAUAGUAGGGAGUGAUCUAAAGCUCUUCAAAUGUCUACCCAAUGCUUAGCGAGCAACGGUAGCACUGCUGCUCAAACUUCACAUCUGGAUGUUAAAAGACUGACAGCAAAUUACAAGCCAAGUAUUUGGAGUUGCGAUUUUCUUCAGUCGUUACAGAUUGAUGGUCGUAAUCAUGAAGAAGUAUACGGAGAUAAUAGGUGGAAGUUGAUGGAGGAGGAUCUGAAAAAUAUGAUUGAUGCAGAGUCACUAGAGACUACACUUGAAUUGAUUGAUGACAUCCAACGAUUAGGUUUGGGACACCGAUUCGAGGCCAGUAUAAAAGAAACCCUUGAUAGAGUUUUGAAGAAUCUUGACCAAAUAACAGACGAGGAUACUCCAAAUCUUCACCUCACUGCUCUAAGCUUCAGGCUCCUAAGACAUCAUAGGUUUCAAGUCUCCCAAGAUGUUUUCAAAAUUUUCAUGGAUUGUGACGGCAGCUUUAAGGAUUGCCUUUGCAAAGAUGUCAAAGGCAUGCUAAGUCUGUAUGAAGCUUCAUUCCUUGGUAUUGAAGGAGAAACCCUCUUGGAUGAGGCUCUUGCAUUCACCAGCAUGCACCUAAAGAACCUCAGUAGAUUGCAUGUUACUCAAGACAAAGGUGUAUUAGAGCAAGUGAGUCAUGCAUUGGAGAUGCCAUUGCACCACAGAAUGCAAAGAUUAGAAGCUAGAUGGUAUAUUGAGGCAUACAGUAAAAAGGCAUAUGCAAAUCAGGUGCUACUUGAAUUUGCCAAGCUAGAUUACAAUGUGGUGCAACAAACAUACCAAAGAGAUUUUAAAGAUAUUUCAAGGUGGUGGAAGGAUACGGGGUUAGCAAAGAAGUUGUCCUUCAACAGAGACAGACUGAUGGAGUUGUUCUUUUGGUCAGUUGGUAUAGUGUCUGAACCUCAAUUCAGCGAUGUUAGGAACGGGAUAACUAAAGUCAGUGCUCUAAUAACGACUAUUGAUGAUGUCUAUGAUGUUUAUGGUACUUUGGAUGAACUAGAGCUAUUCACAUCUGUUGUUGAAAGAUGGGAUGUGAAUGUUGUGGAAAUUCUUUCAGACUACCAGCUGAAGCUCUGUUUCCUUGCUCUCUAUAACACUGUGAAUGAAAUGACUUAUGAAACUUUGAAGGAGCAAGGAGUGAACGUUCUUCCUUACCUGACAAAAGCUUGGGCUGAUAUGUGCAAAUCUUGGUUAACGGAGGCAGAGUGGUGUCACAACAAGUACACACCUACAUUUGAAGAAUAUCUUGCCAAUGCAUGGAUAUCAGUGUCCGGGGUGGUCAUUCUAGUCCAUACCUACUUUCUACUUAAUCAAAAUAUCUCAGAUGAAGCUCUUAAAUGCUUAGAGAAUCACCAUGAUCUCUUGCGUUGGCCGUCUGUUAUUUUUCGGCUCUCAAAUGAUUUGGUUACUUCGAAGGCAGAACUAGAGAGAGGUGAAACUGCAACUUCAAUAUCCUGCAUCAAACGUGGUGGUGUUGUUUUUGAUGAGGAAUCUGCUCACAAAUAUAUUAGUAAUUUGAUUGAGAGUAGUUGGAAGAAGAUGAACAAAGAUGGACUAAUAUUUGGUGCCAAUAGUGCUUCUUCUCCAUUCACAAAAGAAUUUGUAGCAGCAGCAAUAGACCUUGCUCGAAUUGCCCAAUGUAUCUACCAAUAUGGAGACGGGAUUGGUGCCCCGGAUAAAAGAGUAAAGAACCGGAUCCUAGCAGUGAUUGUACAACCCGUUUAGUGGAAUGAAGCUCUAUUCAUGUCUUCCGGGGAAAAAACAGAUCCAAUCCCAACUAGUUUGGCUCAAAAUAAAGUCCCACCUUUAAAGUUUAUACAUUAUCCAAAUUCCCAAGAACAUCAAUUUGGUCUUGUUAAAUAAAUUUGUUGACGAGAAUAAGAUUAAGUUCUUUUCUCAAAUUUGUUAAAUAAAUUUUAUCGACAUAAGAUUUGAGGAUGUAACUAGGUCUGGGUGUACCAUGAUCAAUUUAGCAAUAAUAUUUCUCAACGAGAAAGCACUGA